GCGCCUCAGCAGGCACGCAUCAAAGCUCGAAACGAUUUCGUUAGAGAGCGUCUCAAGAAGAAAUACGGUAACUAAUCACAAUCCCUCUCUCAACACAAUCUCCGACAGCAAAAGAGGAACCGUUGAAACUUAAAAGCGAAUGGCUUUAGUUCCAACUACUAUCCCCGAUGGAGCCGUCAUCACCGAGGUCGAUAUGGGCGCGGAACCCGCGGUUCCCACUGUUCGUGCCACCGUCAUUCAAGCUUCGACCAUCUUCUAUGAUACCCCUGCCACUAUAGAUAAGGCAGAGAGACUGAUUGCUGAUGCAUCUGCAUUGGGGUCGCAGUUGAUUGUGUUUCCGGAAGCUUUUAUUGGUGGUUAUCCUCGUGGUUCAACCUUUGGUGUCACUAUUAAUGCUCGUUCGGCCAAGAGUAAAGAGGAGUUUCGGAAAUAUCACGCAGCAGCCAUAGACGUGCCAGGACCUGAAGUUGAUCGAUUGGCAGCAAUUGCUGGAAAACAUAAAGUUUAUUUAGUGAUGGGUGUAAUAGAGAGAGACGGAUACACACUGUACUGCACAGUUCUUUUUUUCAAUUCUCAUGGGCAGUACCUUGGGAAACACCGGAAACUUAUGCCAACAUCAAUGGAACGUGUAAUAUGGGGUUUUGGAGAUGGAUCAACAAUUCCUGUAUUUGAGACUCCGAUUGGAAAGAUAGGCGCCCUCAUUUGCUGGGAGAACCGAAUGCCACUAUUGAGAACUGCAAUGUAUGGUAAAGGCAUUGAGAUAUAUUGCGCACCUACAGCAGAUGCCAGGGAUGUAUGGCAGGCAUCCAUGACCCAUAUUGCGCUUGAGGGAGGAUGCUUUGUUCUAUCUGCAAACCAGUUUUGCAGAAGGAAUGAUUAUCCGCCUCCACCAGAAUAUGUGUUUGCAGGUACAGAUGAAGAUUUCUCACCUGAUUCCAUUGUAUGUGCUGGAGGCAGUGUCAUUAUUUCACCAUCAGGGCAAGUCUUAGCAGGACCCAAUUAUGAAGGAGAGGCUCUCAUCUCAGCUGAUCUAGAUCCUGGAGAAAUAGCAAGGGCAAAGUUUGAUUUCGAUGUAGUUGGGCAUUAUGCAAGGCCAGAUGUAUUGAGCUUGAUAGUGAGGGACCACCCAAAUACACCUGUUUCUUUCACAUCUGCAUCAAAAGCAGCAGUACCCCAGUAGUCAUAACAUACUCUUGGCAUCUUGGGCGACUCGAUAUACUCCAUAAUGGUGAAACCUAAAUCAUGUAGAUUAUUGAGAACUCUUUUAAGUAGUGCCAUGGCUUCACCCCAUGGUGAUGAAUGUCAAAUUUAAUAAUGGUGUUUUUAAGUCUGGUUUGUCUUUGUGUUUGAAAUGUAAAGAAACACCACACCAUUAAGGGUGCAAUUUCUAUGACUGUCUCGAGUGUCCUAUUCUCUCUCCAUUAUCAAAGAAAUUUAUUAUUUUUCCUUUGAUA